UUAAAACAUGUCUAAAAAAAGAGGUUUAAGUGCAGACGAGAAGAGGAUAAGAAUGCUGGAGAUAUUUCAUCAGAGUAAAGAUUUCUUUCAAUUGAAGGAAUUGGAGAAAAUAGCUCCAAAAGAGAAGGGCAUUACAAUGCAGUCGGUAAAAGAAGUUGUACAGAGUUUGGUUGAUGAACAUCUUGUGGAUUCCGAGAAAAUUGGAACUUCAAUAUACUUUUGGUCAUUUCCUAGCAAAGCAAAAAAUGCAAAGAAAAGGAAGUUAAAUGAAGUUCAAAAUGAAUUGUAUGAAUGUGUCAAGAAGUUGAAAAAGGCAGAAGAUUCCAUAACUUCAGAAUCGGUUGGCAGAGAAGUAAAUGAAGAAAGAGACCAGAUACUGGCAACAUUAGAACAAGUAACAAAGAAAGAAGAAGAACUAAAGAAAGAGUUACAGAAGUACAGAGAUUGUGAUCCUGAGUACAUUGCUCAGUUGACUGCGGAGAUAGAAGAAUUAAAAUCUGCAAUUAACAGAUGGACGGAGAAUAUUUACAUACUCAAGUCUUACAUAAAGAACACUUUCCAAAUGGAAAAUGAAGUUAUUGAACAGAAUUUCAACAUUCCUCAAGACUUGGACUACAUUAAUGCUUAACAUUUUGUAUGAAAAUAAAACAAAACGCCUACCUCAA